CGCAAACCGUCCCGGUGUGUAAGCGAAACGUUGGAGGCCUCUGGAAAAGCAGUGAUAGCAACGGUCCGUGUGUGCGUGUGUGUGCGUGGAUCUUCCCGGAGAAACGGGACUCUGCAAGAAGAGCUCUCCGGCUGGUGUCGAGUGCGCGCGCUGUGAACGGAAAGUGAAGUAGUUUACCCACACGAAAACGGGACUCCGGUUCCCCGUUGUCCCCGUUGCAGGGUAUGUGGUGAACGCAGCAGCAGCAUCCACAACAUACCAAGUGUGCCCACCCGUGUCUGUGACAUACAAACCAAAACCCGGGCGACCGACACCGAGGUCCCACGCCUGAUAACCUGAAAGUGGAAGUACUGCGGAGCGGUCCCGAUCCAGGACCCGUUACGAAAGCCCGUCCGUCCGUGAAGAUGUGGCCGAUGCUGUCCAGCCGGGCCGGGCAGCGAUCGAGAGUGAUCGUCGGGUCCGUAGCACUCGCAACGAUCUGUCUUGUGGCGGGUCGAGCCAACGGACUACAGGGAUACUACGGUACCAAGAUCGCCGAUCUUACCGAGCUGCACCACGGAGUGUCUGGUUCGGUGUACGCGGUCGACGCGCGUACCCUCUUCCUGAAGAACUUCAACUACGAUGGCGAAGGCCCCGCGGCCUAUUUCUACGUCGGUAAUACGCGAGCCCCGAGCAACAAGGGCGCCUACCGGCUACGCGACGAACGGGGUCGAACUGGUGUGCUGCGGAAGUAUCGCAACGAGGACAUCACCCUAUCGCUGCCGGAGGGCAAAACGCUGCGCGACAUCCGUUGGUUUUCGGUGUGGUGCGAUGACUUUUCGGUCAACUUUGGAGACGUGCAGAUCCGCAACGAGCUGGACUUUCCGCGACCGACCAAGAUCGCGGGUCUGGGCGGCGUGCAUGACGUUGCUUCGGACAACAUCGUGAUCGUCGAUGCGCAAACGCUACUCAUACCGAACUUUAGCUACGAUGGUGAAGCUCCUGAUGCCAAGUUCUGGGUGGGCCGUGGACCGACGCCGACCUCGCAGGGUAUUCGGAUACCGGACGAGAACGGUAAGGAGACGCCGCUCCGGCGGUACGACAAGAAGACGAUCGUGCUGACCCUGCCGGGCGAUCUGACCGUGUUCGACAUCGGCCACUUUGGCGUGUGGUGCGAGGCGUUCACCGUGGACUUUGGGCACGUGCGCAUCCCGGACCAGAUCAACGUGCCGCCGUCGCUGAAAAUGUUGGGCAUCAGUCCGCAGUCGAAACUGAACUGUGAAGUGCUGCUGGAGGAGCUGUCGUUCGAAGUCCGUUGGGCCGUCGCCGGUGAGAGUGUGGUCGUGCAGUUGGUUGCCAAACUAGAUGACGGUGAGUACAUGUCUUUCGGCGUGUCACCGAAUCCCCAGCAAAGUCAGAUGGUCGGUGCGGACGUCGCGGUCGUUUGGGUCGAUAAGUCGACCGGUAAGGGCUUUGCGCAGGAUUACUACCUCGAUGCCAAGUCGCAAUGCUCGGGAUCCCGUGGUAGCUGUCCCGAUACGCGUAUCAAUGAAAACAGUAACUCGAUCCGGUUGCUCAACGCGGCCAUGGUUAACGGGUACUCGAUCGUCACCUAUCAACGGCCGCUGCGGGCAUCGGAUCAUCUGGAUCUUCCGAUCUUCACGAACGCUUCGCAAGCGAUCGUUUGGGCGGUGGGACCGCUGAACCAACGGUACGAGGUGUCGUACCACUCGCACUACCUGAAGGGCAACAAAGUGAUCGACUUUGGGCGCCAACCGUACUGGAACUGUCCGACGCCCGAGACGGACCAGAAGCAGCAGUCGGAUCGACUGAAUGGACAGGUGCCACAGAAACUGGCUCAGAACUAUCCGGCGGCCACGGGCAAUCGACGUGAGGACGCACCCAACGGUAUGCCACAGCGAAAUCCGUCGCGUCCGGCCACGGCACGACCACCGGCGAAACCGGAUGCUUGGGAGAUUCCCCCGAUCCAGUGCUACGAGCCGGAGGACGGGGUGUUCUACGCUCAACUGGGCCCGACCGGUGGCAAGCACGGAUACCCGGCGAUCACAGGGCACGUGGGCUGGGGUAUCUCGUGGUACAUCAACGGGCUGCUGAUUCCGGAGGUCAACGUGGUACGAGGCAAAACGUACACUUUCGUGGUGGAGGGCGGCCUGGAUCCGAACGUGCCGGCCAAGUACCACCCGUUCUACAUCACCGACGAUCCAGUUGGCGGAUACGAGCAUCAACCGGAAGAGGAUCGCAAGAACAUACGCAUCUUUGCCGGUGUCCAUCGUAGUCGCAGCGGGAAGCUGAUGCCGACCGGCGUGGGUCGUCUGUGCAACUGGACCCCCAAUCAGGAUGGUCCACCGGCGGACGAGUACCCGUCGUUUGGAGCUUAUCAACGGAGUCUGACGCUAAAGUGUGACAGUGGUGAACCGGGCAUCAUCACCUGGACGCCGGAUGCGGACACCCCGGAUACGGUGUACUAUCAGUGCUACAGUCACCGUUACCUGGGCUGGCGCAUCAACGUGCUAGAUUCGUGCGACGUUGCGCAGCCGAGUGAGAUUGACGAGGUGUACGCCGAGCCGAGCGAGGGUAUCUCGGCGGAGGAAUCGAUCCGCCACGAGUCGAAGGUUCUGCCGGCCGACAACUUCCUGCAGCAGCACGAGAACUUUCUGCAAAAGCACGAGAUGGAUUUGAUCAAGCACCACAAGAUGAACCCGGACACGAAACCGGACCAGUACGACAUUAAUCUGGAGGAGCACCCGGAAAUGACGCGCAUCAUCGAGGACGGUAUCCGGGCGGCGGAAGAGUUGGAGGAGAAGCUAAAGGCCAACCAGACGAUCGCCGGUAACCAGACGGUGGUGGUCCAUGGACCUGGACCGUACCCGGGAUCGGUGAAACCGAUCCUGUCGUCUUCCGGACUGCCGGUCUAUCUGCGCCCCCCGAAUAGUGGCCCUAUGUUCCGACCCGUGAAGCUUCCCGUACGCCGACCGAUCGGCAUGGAGCGACGCCCACUGCAGCUGCAGGGUGGUGGUCGCCCAACGCGUCCCUUUGUCAUUCCGCAGCCCUCGAUGAUCGUGAACCACUACCAGAAGCCGGUGGCUCCGUUGAUGCGUCCGUUUGUCACCAAGAACAAGAUGCCGAUUAAGGCGAUUGCUCCGAUACUGCUGCUGGGUGAACCGUCCGAGAUAAAGGCUCCGUAUCGGAAGCCGACGGUAGAGAUGCUGGUCGGUAAGCCACCGAAACCGAUCGGCCAUGGCGGCGGGCUUCAGGGAUCUUCACCGGCAGGGCCCCCGUUCACCAUGCCCGACAUGCCGCCCCACCUGAUGACGGUGAACCUGAAGAAGAACGAACCGGUGCCGAUCACACUUCCGAUACGGCACACCGGUAAGCCGGUGAAGGACUCGCUGAAACCGAACAUCAAGCCGAUCUUCAAGAUUCCGUUCUCCGAUGUGCCCGAGCAGAAGGUAUCGUACGACGGCUUGGCCGCCAACCAUGGAUUUAUGCCGAGCUCGGUGGUGGUUGAGAGCGGCUUUAAGCCGAUCUACCGCCGGAAGGAUGACUAUGAUGCCGAGUUCGAGGACAAUCGGGCGCACGGAUUCCUGCGGCGUCAGGAUGAUGAUAUUGAUGAGGCGAUCGAAAGCGACGCCCUGAUGAUUCACGAUCAGGACGAACCGGUCAAGCAGACGUUCGAGCCGAUGUUCAUACCGUCGCCACUGGACAGUAUGGCAAUGGCGCACGUGAAGCCGGCCGGAACGGGAACCACCGGCAGUACACGGCGCAACGUGGAGAUCCUGCCAGACGAAACAGCCGACGUGGUGGAUGAUCGAGACACACUGGCGGCUGCCAAUGAGCGAGUGGACCCGUACUACUUGCCCCCGAUCGGGACCGAUGGAUCGGUGGUGUCCUUCGAUGGAAAGGCCGUGCUCGAUGUCUCGCUGCUGAACGGUCCUUCCGAAUCGUCCCACACCGAACCCUUGCCACCGUCUGGCGGUUCCAAGACGGAGCAACUGGUUCGUGAGGUUCCCCAGUUCGGACCAUUCCGAGGGGAGGUUCCACCGAUAGCGGACUACCUUGCGCCGGACACGGUCGCCAUCUACGGAACGCGUGGUGUGGCCGCUGUUCCGGCCCCGGUUUCCGAGUACGCGAAUCCACUGCUACCGGGUGGUAUCAGUCCGCUGGACGGGAUGGCGAGCAGUGGCGAACAGCAACAGCAAGCGGCCGAUAAGCCGAUCUCGACCAAGCUGUCCAUCGUGAAGCCGAGCAAUCGAGAUGACAGCUCGGAGGAGGGGCGCAACGCCCGUAGCAAACGAUCACCGCACCACCACCCGGACCAUCACGGAGACAGCCACGAUGACGGCUGGCAGCCUCCGAUGGUCCCAGCCAGUGGCGCCAGCUGCAGGGCGAUGCUCGCCGGUGCUCUGCUGGCCGUCGUUCCUGCGCUUCUGGUUCGGUGAACGCCACUGAACGGUUCCCGUCAUCGGGGCGGUAGGCAGUAUUAGCGGUACGAUUACUUUAGGCUUAUAAUUUUAUUUAAAACAACCCACACAGAUGCACACAAACACAGGCAAAACAUCGAUUGACAGUGAAAUCCAUUCUGGGAGGUUAUAGGACCGUUCGUAGGUUAGGCCUGACGCAAAAACGGAGUCUAUCGGACGCGCUUAGCUUCGAGUAUGUUUCUGCGUGCUCGAGUGUAGACUCGAAAUAUCUUGUGAAUUGUAAAUAAAG